UCCUUUUACACCUGUUGUUGUGGAAACGACCGAGAGCUAAGGUGGAGCUUCAAACCCAACCGCAGCUGUCCAUAAUUAGCACUAAUUAAUCUAUUAUAGCCUGCUGCUAAAGAGCGCGAGUCGAAACCAUGGCGCAAUAUAGAGCCUCGGAAUCCAAACGAGAGCGUUUUAGAAGAUACCUAGAGCGAUCUGGUCUCCUUGACAACCUCACCAGUGUAUUGGUAGAACUUUAUGAAGAAUCGGACAAACCCGAUAACCCCUUGGACUUUAUAAAGACGCACCUCGGCGCAGCGGGUUCUAAUCCAGCGGUCACCAGCGACCUCCAGCAGGAACUGGCUGAACUACAGCAGAGAUGUGACCAGCUCCUGGAGGAGAACAAAGCACUUAAAAACAAGCUUUUGCAGUAUGAACCAACGCCUGAAGGGGGAGCAGCGGAGUAAAGAGUGUUUCCCCACCCAAGAAGGAACGACGGACACUUAAUCUCUUUGUUUGUUUUUGGAAAUAUGUAAAUUCCUAUUACCCGGUGACAGGUGUAUAGUAACGUCACCCAUUUCAUUUCUGUUGGACUGAAGUGUCAAGUUUACUUUGUGUGGCGCUGAACCAAAUGGUCUGGCAGCGUCCUGCGUCAUCAGUUUGUCGGUUUUCUGAACCGAUGUAUAAACCUUUAGACUGUUUAACAACUCGGCCACUGACUUAAAAUAACGAACAAAUACACGAAUGGCCAAAUUACCUUAUUUUUUUUAAAACGUUUAAUUUAAAGAUGUUAGAAAGUUUGUGUAAAAGAUCAAUGGCAGUUAAUUUUUAUAAAAGGCAAACGAUAAAUUACAAAUCUCUUCCCACAAGCUUGACAAAUGGAAUUAAUUGCAAAUUAAAAGAUACAAAUUUUAAGCAUGAUAAAUGCUUAA